AUUGCAGUGGUAAACUGUAGUGCACUCACUCCUCCUGCGAAUGGUACCGUGUCUCCACGUUCGUGUUUAUCAAGAAGCACUUACAGCCAGAUCUGUAGUUUUUCCUGCAAUACACCAGGCUACGUUCUUGAGGGCACUUCAGCAAGGGUAUGUGACAGGAACGGAGAGUGGACUGGGAGCAAGAACACGUUUUGUCGAGGUAUCGAGUACUUUCUCCUUUAAGUGUUACACUAUAAAAACUUGCCUGUAUUUAUUUUGCCAUGAUUUAUCUCUAUAGUAAGUGAGAUUAAAAGUCGAUGUUCGUAAAGCGUUUAUAUAAUCAAAAAGGACCUAUCCCAUCUAAUCAAAAUAUCUACAGAUAACUAAACACAGUUUUUCUGUUUGCAUUGACUCAAAUAAAUUAAGAAGAAUUAAAAGACAUGACAACAAAAUGAAUGAGAACAUAAAUUUCGUUUAAAAUUGUCCAUGUGCAUCCUUCUUCUUUUAUCUUAUUAUUAUAGUCACAUUUAACAAGAUCUUUGUCGAAACAAAAUCUGGUUGUUUUCAGACAGUACGCCUCCUUCUUUCAACGGCAGUUGUCCAAGAAACAUAGUGGUUUCUGUUCCUAAAUGUUCGUCCAGUACUGGGGUCUCAUGGAAUGAACCAAUAGCAAGCGAUAACUCCGGUCACAUGACUUUAAGCUACCCAGCAGUACGUCCUCCAGCCAAUCUAAGUAUUGGUCUGCAUUAUGUUCACUAUUCUGCAGCAGACGCCGAGGGAAACAGAGCGAACUGCAGCUUUGUGGUGCAAGUCAUAAGUAAAUAUACCUAUCAAUAAUGCCAUUUAUAUAAAUUAUCGAGAAGUAGUUGCUUAACUUGCUUAUGACUCCUGUUUUACGCACAUACGAGCUCGCCGCUCACACUGCUCCAUGGUCACUGGCACGCUCAAACAGGAUAUAAAAACAUUUUAUAAUCUGUAAGUGAUUGCCUGGCAACAUCACCUUUCCGGGAAAUGUGGGAGGACAGGGAGACGGGAUAUCGGGAGAAUAAGGGCAGGAGCGAUACGGGAAGCAGGAGAGGAAAAAGCGGGAGGGGGAUAAAAUUACUCUACAAUCCUUAGUAUUUUGUAAUCUAUAAACGAGGGCAAGGGGGAGGAAGCCAAGAAUAAACGGGCAGGAGCUGGGAAUGUAAGGUACGAGAGGAGGGAGGUUUGGAUCCCCUACCCACCCCUCCCCCACUGAAAUGAAUUCCAUUAAGGAAUUGUUCCAAUCCCAUAUUUAUCUCCUUAGAUAUGUCAACAGAACUUAAGUGUUCGAUCUUCUUAAGACAUAGUGAUUGAUGGAGUGUCUUUACAAAGUUCAAACUUCGUCAAAGAUCCUUUAAUGAAACACUCAAAAAGGCUGCUCUAAGGAACCUUAUACAACACUCAGUCGACAUCUUAUCAUUCCUCUCUGGACGAUGUUAGGUUCCAUGUCUUUGCUACAUACAUCAGGAAAGUACCUACUUCAUGCGUAAGUAAGUUAUAUGUUUAAAGUAUUUUGUUUUUAUUUCCGCAGAAAGGUCGUGCCCUGUCCUUCAACCCCCAGUCUAUGGCGCCAUAACUUCUCUUUCAUGUGGAUCCGCCUACGGUUCUCAGGCUAUUAUCGCUUGUAACGAGGGACAUCGACUGAUUGGGUCACGAGUGCGGUCAUGUGAAGCAAAUGGGACAUGGUCAGGCAAUAUAACUACUUGCAAAAGUAAGAAAACACAGCAUCUGACCAAUAACAACCUCUCCUCGUGGCGCGCGGGGUGUGAUGGGAAGGUGGAAAGCGAGGGAGAGAGUCUUCCCCUCUUCUCCCUUCCCAUCAACCCCUGUUCCCGUCGAGCGCGUCACGCGUAGGCGACUGGGGAUAAGUCACACACUGCAUAUCCUUUGCUAUAAAAACAACUCAUUCUUUACUUUGUCAACUGACAAUGAUUCAGCUUUGAGCCCAAUUCCUUUGUUGAUGCAUUAUUUUACGCUGAUGAUAAGGCGCCGUGACGCAAGUUGAUCUUUUUGUAAAGGCAUUUGAACAGAAGCAGCAAUUUUUUAUUUAUUUAUUUAUUUUUUAUUGUCAGUGAGUAUUCCAAGCGUUUAGACGAACCAUCAAAUAAGGUUUUUUUCCAGCCCAUCUCCUCCUGGCCACGCUGAGAAUGGGUGGAGUAAACUGAUCUAAAACACCCAGUCACAAUUAAAUCAGUUUGUGAUAGUACUCCUGAAACCGAUGCUUUCUUCCUGAUUGUUCAUGUUAUAUUCUCGCCAGCCCAUCUUUUUUUUCAUACAGAAACUAAAAUUAAUGAAUAAAAUUAAGAAACACUUCUUUAGUCGAAUUCCCCUCUUUACUUAGUCAGCUUCUUUCGUGUUACAAUAAACGGUCCAACAAACGCCAAACAGCCUGGUAAUGUUGUAUACAGUGAUUAAAAAAUUAUUUCUUGGAAUUAUUUUUUAUUCAGUUGUUAAGUGCCCAUCCAUCAAAGCUCUCGCCAACGGAAAAAUCAGCCCCGCUCCCUGCACUCGUUCUGGGGGAGUAAGUUAUAAGACACAGUGUAUUCUACAAUGUGAUGUCUUAAAUGGUUAUGGACUUGAUGGUCCCACGCAAGUAUCUUGCCUGGCAAAUGGCUCCUGGAGUGGAAACAUUAGCAAUAUUAGCUGUAAAGGUAGGUACCAAAAAAUACUGUUGAACUAAAAUUACAUUUCCUUAAAUGUCGAGUCUUGGAGUUUCUCCUUUGCUUUACUGCUUGGUCCUCAAAUGGUACUGGCACUAACUACUUAACGUACAUACACUUGAACAAACCUGUUUAUCCAGUCUGUGAAAAUAACUAUGUAUUUUUGCUUUCAUUUCUAACAACAGAUAUUCAACCUCCCAGCAUUCAAUGCCCACCUAACAUGGAGACUCCCACAGUCGCUGGGAAAUCAUACGCAAUAGUCACGUGGCAGGUUCCAGUCCCUACCGACAACUCUAAAGGAUUCUUGAAUCUUAGUGGCCUACUUCCUCCAAAGCGGAUGAAUGUUGGCACAAACAUAAUCAGAUACGAUGUCACUGAUCUAGAAGGGUUAAAAGGGGACUGUCAUUUCUCCAUUCGAGUUAAAGGUGAAAUUAGUGAAACAGAUAAAAUUUGUGAUACUACUGAUGACUACGGGUGCUGUUGGUUUCUUUUGUUCACACUUUGAAAACCAUACUUAUAUGAAAAAGUUAUCUCAAUAAAGAUUAUCAUAAUUUUUUGUUUUUUUUCGUGGUCUAAGGAAGGGGCUAUAAUAGAUGAAGUAAAACCAGGCCCGUGGCCUAGUAGAGGGGGGGGGGUUAUAGGGGUCCAAGCCCUUUUAAAUAUAUCUAAAGGUUUGACGGGAAUAUUUUUUUUUCAAAAUGAUCACCAACUUUCAUCUUGUAGCUUAACAAUGAAACUUGCGUUGCGCGUUGCCUCUCAUAAGACGUGACGAAAUCUGGAUAAAAUUGUUUUUUAAAAACACUUUACGCAAAAGACUGGGUACUAAACGAGUGCACAUCGCAAGUCCUGCACGACAACGAGGUCUAUGUAAAGGAACCCCAAUAUGGCAGACGUCACGUCAUGUGAAAACGUAACGUCAUGUUUGAUUAGCAAAAUUUUCUGGCUCCAGUCUUUGGGGUACUACUGCAGGGGUGAGUCGUUAACAGUUGAUUAUAUUGUCCAAACGUUAUAUAUUUCUAUGAACAGAUCUCGAGCCGCCCAAGAUAGUUCCCUGUCCUGGUGAUAUCAAGAUUAUAUCAACAGCCAGAUGGCACAAGCUCGUCCUGCCGUCAGUUAAUGUCACAGAUAACGUGGGUGUGGAGCUUUUCUCAACAAAUAUUCAAAAUGGAAGUGAGAUGACCUGGGGAGAGCAUAACGUUACUUACAAGGCAUUAGACAGGGCAGGAAAUGCUGCGUACUGUAGAUUCCUUUACACUAUAGCUGGUAGGUUAUGCUUUUUUCAUUUUUUCUUUUUUCGUUGGAUCGUUUUGAAGGCUAAAGCUCAGGUAGGAUGGGGAGGGGGUUGAUAUUCCCGAGAAAAUCAGGCUAUGUGUUUCUGGAAAACCUUGUUUCUAUUUUAAACCAAAGUAUAUAACUUUUCCUUCCUCGUUUCAAACCUGCACUGAAUCCCAUUACUACUCUAAACCUGACCUUAACAGCUCGUACACUCUGAUACAUGAUUCCACCUAUACUCGGCUAGCAAAUGAUUUGAAUUGCGUCCACAUUUAAGAAGUUCUUCAGUUAAUAAUAUUGCGUCUCUUAUGAGCUCUGCUUGGCCAAUUGUACAGGUCGAUCGGUUCCAGUCCAGAGGGACGAGUCUUAUCCCGUUUAAUGUAAAAACAAUGUAAGUGCCCUAAAGAUCGAUAAAUAAGCUUACUUUUUGGCGCCUCACAUCUACAUAUAUAGCUCACUCAAAAGAGAGAACAGUUAAGCCAUAACACUAGACUGCGAGCAGUCUCUCUUUUUCUUCAGAUUUAGUGAGAGCAAUGCACGCGCUCGGGAGCGGCGAAGCCGCGAGACGCGCGAACCCGUCUCGCGUCAUCAGUCACGCGCGUGGCCAUUUGCGUGUCUCGCGUUUUGCUCGACCGACUACAGAAAAAAGAGAGACUGCUCGUAGUCUACCAUAACACUUUUCUCUAAAACUAACGAAUGGUAUCAGUCAUAUCAUAAAUCAAUAAUUAUCAUUAUUUAUUAUCAAGAUUCACCAUGUGAAAAGCUUGCACCACCUGAGAAUGGAGCCAAAGCGUGUGAGACGUGGUUGGCUGGGCUUAUGUGCUCGGUGCAUUGUAAUAACGGAUAUGGAUUUGCGAACCAACCACAUCCCGUAUAUUUCUGUAGUCCUACUACUGGAGAAUGGUUUCAUGAAGGGAACAACAAAGGGAAAAAACCAUCCCUUCCUGAUUGCUCAAGUAAGGAAAUGCAAUACGAGAGUCAACUUUCUUUAAUUUAAGAUGGACUUGACCGUUGUGAUCGGAGACUGGACAACAACAGGGACCAACUUUAGCGGUACUUACCAUUAACAUAGGGAAAACCGGAAAUUCCGAUCCCGUUGAAAAAUCUACUUGUGGGUGCCAUUCCGUUUGGAAAUCUCCAGAAAACAGGGGCUAUGUUUGAUGCGAGGCGAUUUUUCUACUCUUUUUAGGGUUUUCAGCUGAUAUGGAUAUACUUUGUUGCGGAUCUUUUUCCCUCCGAUGUAAAAUUUUAUAGUUUUAUGUUUAAGGUGGUUUUUGUAAAUGGUAAGCACCCCUAGUGUCUAUUUUAGAGAGAUGUUCGUCUGAUAGAAGAGUCCGUUAAGAAAUAGUUGACCUAAUUAAUCUUAACUGUAUCAAGAAAAGGGACCUGAAUUUGAGUACAGUAGGUAUUGUUCUGUAUUGUUAUUUUUGGUCGUUUCUUGCCUUGUAAGGACAAAAACAAUCACAGAAACACAAAACGGAUCGAAAUCCACCAAUCACAAAUCACAAACCUUGGUCUUUUGAACCCGUUAAAGUAAAGUUUUCUUUCCUAAGAGGUCCGUUAAGAUAAUUGACGGCAGCGAAAAACGCAAUCGUCAGUUGGCUUUUGAACUUUAGAAUUCGCAUGUUUGUGAAAAGCGCAGUAAUGCCUUUCAAAAAUUAAGGACCCUAGCUGUAACGCAGUAUUUGCUUUCCAUAAAGGUGCCUAUGUUACAGAUAAACAAUUGACAUCUGAAUAUCGGUUUACUCAACAAGGGUAACCAAGGACAUUCGAAUAGUUCUCGUUAUUGAUUAGCUAAUGCAUGUCUUUGUUGGGAAAGAAACUUGACGCAUUGUGAUUGGACGGCUAGUGGUCACUUUGGUGCCCCACCUCAUCGUAACCUAGCAAUUUUUUAAAUUCUUUUUCUCCAUAAUAGGGACACACAUACCCAAAAGUGCUUUGGUGAACGGGCAAUACCACUAUCUCACUGACAAUUGUGGCGGAGAAACAAUGAGGGAAGAGAUCGCAAGGAACUUCAUAGAACUUUUAAUGAGAACAUCGUUUGGUCAAGCUGGAGCUUGUAGUGACGUCUCUCAGUGUAAUAUUCAAAACGUCGAGGUCGAAUGUGGCGUUACAACUCGUCGAAAAAGAGAUACCACUAGUAACCAGAAUACGACGACAAUUCCUUUGACAGUUAGCUUUUCGUUACAAAUUCCUUUAUCUGGCGAUCUCAACACAUCUGUAGAUAUAAACCAGACAUCAGUCCAAAUUUCGAAGGAAGUAUUAACUGUUCUGAGCAAAGUCGAUAUGACUUUGAAUGUCAGUGGAAUGGUUAUACGUACAGAUCCCUCAAAACCUCCCCAAUUUCAGCUCUCUCGUCUGGUUUGUGAAGAGGGGCAAGUACAGAGUGGAGUGAUGUGUGGUAAGGGCACGAUGGUCUUAACGAUAAGUCUUUUCGAUUCAGUUACUCCGGUGGCUACUGAGUUCUUUAUUAUCUUUCAGCUGUCAGUGGCUCAUAUUUAACACCUCACGCAAAAUAUUUUCGACAUAUCCCGAAUUUUCGUCCCUAGAGUUUCCAAGAAAAUGUUAUCGAGAACUGCAAACUGGCAAGUGAUUCUGUCAAUAUAAUCGGUCCACAGUUACAAGUAAUUAAAGUUUUCCUAACGAAAAGAACGAAGGAACCACAUACUUUGACUUCAAUAAUAAGGCAGGGAUUCUUGACGAAGCUUAAUGACCCAUGACAAACUUCAAGUAAAGUUUUCUUUUCUAGGAGAUACAUAUAGGAAGCGCCUAGUUAGCUAGCAUCGAGUGUGUGUCGCUAUGUUUUAUGGUUGAAGUAAGUAAAAAUGUCUGAUAUUGACUUUCUUUAUCUAGUUAACUGUCCUAUUGGAUACUUUUUCGAUGGCACAAGCUGUCAAGCAUGCGCAGUAAACCAAUAUCAGGAUCAAGAGGCCCAGAAUUCCUGUAAAUCAUGUCCCGCUGGAACAUCAACUUCCGGUCAGCUCGCAUCAAAGAAAUUGCAAGACUGCCAAGGUGGGAUU